CGAGAAUACAGCCCGCAACGAACCAUCAUCAAUCGGUAUUAAUGGGGGAAAGAUGGAGACCUUCACCCCGUUCUAUGCCUACAAGGAAACGCGUUUAGAUCUCGAUCCUACAGUCCAGGGUUCGACUGUUGUGAUCCGUUUACCUGGCGCCAAUACAUUCACUUCUAGAGCAGGACAAAAACGACCUCACGUUGCGGAUAUUCCAAUCGCAGAAGAUGAGAAUGCAUUCAGGCAAAGACACUUAGCUACAGCUUCCUCGAUAUACCACCGGAAACACAAGAAAUCUAUCCGAAGCUUUCUGUGGAGGGUUUUGGAAGAUGGCAAAGUCCUGUCAAUUCGAUCCGUCGACAUAUCCAGGCAGAGCGCUGCAGCAGAUGCGAACCUCGCCUUGCGCCUUGUAUUCCCAAGCGCUAUCAAACCUGGCUGUAUUGCGUUCUCCGAUUCGAAAGAACAUGACAUUUUGAGCACGUUCGUUAUUACAGAAUCAAAGCAGAUCUAUACACUCAGCCUACGUCCAGAAUACUUCCGAAAACCGUCAAGCACGGAAGACAACGUCGAUUGGUGCAAAUUAUAUUCCUGUUCUACAUUCACAUUCAAGCAACCUCACCGAUUGGUUGCUCUUGAUUCCGAUGAACUGUUGGUGUCUCUGUCUGAUGGAGGCCUCAUUAAAUUUGACAGACAUUCUGGUGGAGAUGGCUCGACUUGGCAGGAGACCCACUACAGUGAAGGUGGUUGGCGCAACACAGUGCGAAGCGUGGUGCCAUUCCAAGCUGGCAAUACAGUUCGCUACAACGAUCACAACUUGGAGCUGUCUACGGUUACAUCGAUUGCUUCGCCGGUCAUAAGCAUAGAUGACUUGCCUUACGCCUUUACAGUUUCAUUGGACCACAAGAUACGAGUUUGGAAUCUCAGAAACAGGAAAAUCGCAUAUAUGAGCGACAUUCUCGAUCAAGAACUCGAUCCCCACGAACAAGCGAAGAGAGUGGUAGAUCCGUUCCAAUCACAAUUGGUCAGGGUCUUUGCGAAUAACGGAGAGAAUGCUCUAUGUGUUACUUUCUCGCCUCUUGGUUCUGGUCAAUUCAAGUUCUGGAACGUUACGCCCGCAGUGGAUGGGACGCUCAUCUUUGUCGACUUAUUCCCUGGCAACGUCCUUGAGCCACAGGCGCCUUCGUCUGAGAUUUGGACUUUGGCAGACUUUGCUGUUGUCAUUGACAAGUCUCAGAUCAAUAGCUUUGGGUUGUGGGUAUUAUGGAAAAACAACGUCACGUACCGGUUACAUAGACUGGACUUUCAAAGUGGGUCUGUUGCUGCGAUAGGAAGUGCUUGGAAGGAUAAUUGGAUGGCGAUGGCGACUGAGACUCUCCGAGAUACUCUUCUCCCGACGAUGCUCUCAGCCGACUCAGCGGACGGGACGGACAAAUGGCUCGAAUUCAUUCUCUCACCAGGAAGAUUUACCCAAGCUACUAUUGAGACGGGACUUGCAAUAUACGGACGUGGGCUGGGAGCCUCGAAGGACUUGUCUCGAAGAACUGCGUCUCCAGCAGAUCGGAUGUGCACUAUCAUCGCUUCGACUACUUCCUUAAGUAGAUCGUCUGACGGCAACAUGGACUUCGAACAAUUCCGCUCAGGUACUGAUGCUCAAUGGCGGCGUUUCUAUCGCUUACUUCUCGAGCUUGACAAACAACGUGGUGAAGCAAUGUCCCUCGUAAUUGACUACCAAGGCGAAAUGCCAUGGGUGGUAUUGGCGGAUGGCAUUACAGCAAUCCGAAGCUGUAGUGAUCUGGAACGGAUUUGGCACAACAAUGGCAUGGUCCCAUCUGGCACCGAAACUCUAGCACGCCCUCUAUUUGCUGCAGCUGCCUUCAGAGAUUCUUUGUCUGAACAGUUCAUCCACAGCUGUCGAGCCCGACUAGCUGAAGAAACCUUCCAGGAGCCUUCCUUGACAGAUCCUAUGAGGAUGCGUGCCUUCUACGAGAAGUGCAAUUUCUCCACUCAAAUAGGCGACGAAGAUUAUUCUCAGCUCGUUGGUGGCCUGGGCGGAACGUUCAAGGACGUAACCCCAAAGGUUUACGAAGCCAUGCUAAGUUUGAUGGAUGUAUCUAGCAGCUCGACGAAAGGGGAUCCAAUACUGCCUCUUGCAGAGUUUGGAAAGAAGCUCAUCGUAAAAGGAGUGCAGGAGAUCGUCGAGCUGCAUCGCAAUAUCUGCUUGGAUCAAUUCAUUCUUCUGAUAUUUAUCGAAGCUGAGAUCAACCAUGGCGAGGAGGGCAUCCAGUUUGAAACUGCUGCAGUCUUCCGUCAGCUGAUGUUGAUGCUUCAGAGACUUGAGCUGAUUGAGUGGCUGACCAGUACUCAAAUUUUCAAGGAGGUUAAGUCCAGAAAUGAACGAUCAAACUCCAUCACAGACUCGACAUCGACUAUCAGCAAAAAGGGAGCACCCGUCACAGAGAUGAUCACUGUUCUUGAAGGAGUAAUGCGCCAUCUUUUUGGGCUAGACUUGCGCAACGACCAAUCGAUGCCUUCGAUAGUCACCGAUGUUAUCGUCCAGAUUUGUGCUGUGAAUAGUGUGUAUGAAGCACCACCAGCAGUCAUUCAGUGCUUCUUAUUAGUGGAAAAUCGUCCUGAUCUGGCUUUGGAGUUCUCCCGGUUUACUGGUGCUGAUUCAUUCUCGACCUAUGUCCGAGGAAGAGCAUAUCUUGCUGCGAAUGAUGCCAUCACAGCAUCUACAUAUUUCAAAAAGGCUGCUCUUGGUAUGGCAUAUCCUAACAAGUCUGCCGAACACCGUAGCGCCGGCUACUUGGAUGAUGUGGAGAGAGGCUUGCUUAAUUCUGGCUUGCCUGAAUACUACUCACACAUAGUUGCGCUAUACGAGAAAGAGAAGUUAUAUUCCUUCGUGAUAGAUUUCGCAAGACUCUCCCUCCAAUUCAUCAAGCCCGAGACAGCUGAAGUCCGUCAUCCCCAGAUUAGGACGGACAUGCAUAGCAGGCUCUUCAACGCCGCCAUACAGACCACCCGCUACGAAAUCGCUCAUUCUAUCCUUGCCCUCUUUACGGAUAAUGCACUGCAACAAUCAUCACUUCGUACUCUUGUCACCAAGAUGUGUGAAUCUUCCUACGCUUUGGAGCUCAUUGAACUUCCAUUCAUUGGCCUACAAGACAAAGUCGACGAUAUCCUGGCCCAGAAAUGCCAAGGCAUAGUCGAUGUUAAUGUCGGGAUCCCAUAUCACAAGAUUCUUUACGCUUGGCGAAUCAAACGUGGCGACUUCCGUGGUGCCGCAGCAACCUCAUUUGAGCGCUUGCAAAGACUGCAACAGUCUGGAGGUGGUGAUAGGAUCAUUGGAGACGACGAACUCGAGACACCUAUUACUAAACAGUACAUAGCUCUCAUCAAUGCUUUGAGUUGCGUUGACCCUAAACAAGCAUGGAUCUUGUCAGAAGAUGAUGGUCGGAAGAGUAGCGGAGCAGGACUGACGAGUAAGAACGCACCGCCGAAAAGAAAGGUUGUGACUCUAGAUGAUGUGAGGAAGAGCUAUCAAGCGGAACUUGAUAGGAUUGCGGCCAUUCAAAACGACCAAUUUGCAUUUGUUGGUGGGGACGAAAUGGAUGUUCUAUGAUAUCAAACAACAGGGGAACGGCCAAGGCGUAUUCGGAGUAAGGGGAAGAGAUUCUGUAAAGUAGAUAGGUGAUACCGCGCAUCUGCAUCCAGGCCUGGAGUCAUCCUGCAACUCAAUAGUAGAUACCUGACACUAUGCCAUUUCGGCCGUGUUCUCGAAC